GUUCCUCAAGUGCUGACCAGUUCACAGGUCGUGGGACUACCCAAGGAUUGCAAGGAUACAUAAUUGAGGGAAAAACAAAAACCUACUACCCUCUGGCAUGAUGCAAUACGGCUCGUGCGUCUUGGCAGUUUUUGUGCUGCUCUGCAGUAGCGGUCUGGCCCAAUUGCAAGUUCAGGCUCAGAGUGGCUAUAAUUAUGGUCGACCCGAGGUGGCUAGUGUGGGCGGUGCCACAGCCGGGGGGCGCCUGACCCCAGGUCCCUAUCCGACAGCUGCUGCUCUACCCCUGACCCCGGCUCCGGCUACUACUGCCUACGGUGCGGGUUUGUUUCCGUCACCCGCCGUGGGGUUUACGCCUAGUGGACAGGCCACAACCGCCUUUGGAGCACCUGCCGCCGUUGGAGCCAGCAGUCCGGCUAGGAGACUACCAACACCCGCAGGUAUUCCCGCCGCUUCAUCUCGCUCUGGACCUUAUGGACCCCAGACACCUCAGUAUGGAAAUAUACCCGGACCGGGAGCUGUUUCCUCCCGAGCUCAAAGUGCGAGUGGUGAUGGUAGAGAUUAUAGCGAAGAUGCCGACGGCGAUUACUCCGCCAUUCCGGGUGUGCCAGGGGUGGACUACCCCAUCUAUGCCCAAGUGCCACGCACCAAUUUCGACUGUUCCCAACAAGCCCUCCCCGGAUACUAUGCAGACAUCGAGGCCCAGUGCCAAGUGUUCCACAUCUGUGCUUUGAACCGAACAUACUCAUUUUUAUGCCCCAACGGUACGGUUUUCAGCCAGGAGACAUUGGUCUGCGUUUGGUGGAAUCAGUACGACUGUGUUUCCGCUCCCAGCCUGUAUGCAAACAAUGCCUAUAUCUACGACUACUCCGGAGGCAGUGGCUCUAAUGUGAACGGAAAUGUCAAUGCCAAUGCCUAUCGACCGGCUGCAGCUACUACGACCGCCUUUGGAGCACCUGUGGCCACCACGGGAACUCUUCGUGCAACUGGGAUACCUCCUGGCUAUAGCUCUGGACGCACCGGUUCCUAUCCAUCAGCCACGCCGACUCCUGCUGCCCAAGCCCAGAAUCCAUAUGGUGCCGGCGCCGUUUUGCGUUCCGCCAUCGUUCCUGGAGCUGUGGCUCCAUCGGCGACUAAUCGAUUGGUUCCCACUGCAGCGGCGGCCGGUCUUCUUGCCACAGCCGCCGGAGCUAUUCCCGAUAACCAGGUGGCAGGAGGUUUCGGCCAACAGCAGCAGUCUCAAUUGGUGGCAAGUGGAAACCGAGAGUAUCUGCCACCGGCCACCGCUGGACAGCAAAGGCAGCGAGGUUCCACAAACGCAUAGUUGGAGAUUCCAGCGAAACCUGCAACCCUGGCAACUGCACCCGGUUUUAUGGCAUUAGUAUUAGCGACCUUAGGCUUAGCUUCUUAGGAUGUUAGGAGCUCCAAACAUUUUUGUACAAUUAGUUAUAAAAACAUUUGAAAUAUACUCGUACCAGUAAUCACUCGA